UUUCAUCCCUCUCUCUCUCUCUCUCUCUCUUUCUCUCUCAUAGCCAGCACAGUAAAGCAAAGCAAGCCUUUCAGCAGCAGUAGUAGUAGUAUUCUCUAUUCACCACUGUCUUAAAACAACUGCCUUCAGUUUUCUGAUAAAAACCAAGAGCCAAAGAGAAAAAGGAAAGCCUUUUCUUUCCUCUCUUCUGUCCCUUCCUUCUUCUCCUUCCUUCAUUCCUUUUUCUCUCUUUCAUUCCUUUGAUCUUGAUUUAUAUUUAAUUCAAUCCACCAACAAUAUUCCCUUCUUCUUCUUCUUCUUCUGCUUUGUAAUAAAUCAAAUUCUUGCCCCUCAUGGAGGAACAACAGUGCAAUACAGGCAAGAAAUGCAAUAGAGCCUUGAGGGGGGACGAAAGAGCUUAUGGAUAUCAGUAUCAGUAUGAGUACCAGUAUCACCAUUACCAGCUGCUGCAAAACUACCACAGGUUUGGACAUUAUGGCUUGGGUUUGGGCUACCAAACUUCCCCGGCUUUGCUUCCUUUGCCUCCAAGCAUUCCUCUGCAGCUUGCUGUGGCUCCACCUUUGCCUCAAAACAAAACCUUUGUGUCCAAAAACCACCUUCAGAAGCCCCCAUGGAGACACUCUCCUCCCCCAACUUCCUCGAAUCACUGCCAGCCUCAGCACUUCUCUGAUGUUCAACAGAAAGCUUGUCUGCCCUAUGACCAGAAAAAUGGAAGAAGAAAGAUCGACUCUACUGAGCCCAAACCAUUGGCAGUUGCUAGAAGGCCUGAUUGUGGUGGGGUAGAAGGGAAGAUUAUAAACCUUGUUGCUAAUCAUUUCUCAGUCCAAUUCGAUCCUACACAGAGAUUCUUCCAUUACGAUGUCGAAAUAUCUCCGAAUCCAUCCAAGGAUAUAGCCCGAAUGAUCAAGCGAAAACUUGUCAACGAUCAUUCCCAACUUCUUUCAGGAGCUUCUCCUGUGUUUGAUGGCAGGAGGACGUUGUAUAGUCCAGUGGAGUUUAAGGACAACAAGCUCGAAUUCUACAUUAGCCUCCCGAUAUCGAUUGGAAGAAAACAUUCGACGAGUUCUGUCCUCCAGCUGCAUCAGCAGAACAAGAUUUUCAGAGUGAACAUCAAGCUUGUAUCCAAAUUCGACGGCGAAGCCAUGAACAGAUUCUUGACGAAUAAUGGCGAUGAUUGCCCUCUCCUUCCUCAAGAAUAUGUCCAUGCAUUGGAUAUCAUGUUGAGGGAGAGCCCGACAGAGAAAUGUAUAGCUUCCGGAAGGUCGUUCUAUUCGAGCGCCAUGGGAGGGACUAAUGACAUUGGAGGAGGAGCUGUUGCGCUUAGAGGUUUCUUCCAAAGCCUAAGGCCAACACAGCAAGGUCUUGCACUUAAUGUGGAUUAUUCGGUGACGGCGUUCCAUGAAAGCAUCGGAGUGAUCCCUUAUCUGCUGAAAUGCUUCGACUUUAUGCACGACGCAGUUCAAAACAAGAGGAGGAUUUUGGUGAGCGAAGAGAAGAGGGAGGUGGAGAGGGUGCUUAAGAACAUGAGGGUCUUUGUUCGACACAGGGAGACUGUCCAGAGAUACCGUGUUUAUAGCUUGACUGAGGAAGUUACCGAGCAUCUAUGGUUUCCUGACAGAGACGGCAAGAACUUGAGGCUUGUGGACUAUUACAAGGAUCAUUACGGCUACGAUGUGCAGCACAGGAAUCUGCCGUGCUUGCAGAUUAGUCGGAGGAAGCCAUGUUACCUGCCGAUGGAGCUUUGUGUCAUUUGUGAAGGGCAGAAGUUUCUUGGAAAGCUCUCCGACGAUCAAACUGCAAAAAUCCUCAAAAUGGGAUGCCAAAAACCGGCAGAACGGAAGGCGAUUAUCGAUGGAGUCAUGGAAGGACCAUUCGGACCAACAAGUGGGAAUCAAACGAAUGAGUUCAACCUUGAAGUUUCGAAAGAAAUGACUCGACUAACUGGGAGAAUUCUUCAGCCUCCCAAGCUUAAGCUCGGACACGGUGGUCAUGUAAGGAAUCUAACUCCUUCAAGACAUGAUCGACAAUGGAACCUUCUAGAUAGCCAUGUCGUCGAGGGUGCUCGAGUAGAGAGAUGGGCGAUAGUAAGUUUCGGGGGGACGAAUGAUCAGAAAGCCGGCAUACCAAAAUUCAUAAAACAGUUGUCUCAAAGAUGUGAACAUUUAGGAAUCUUUCUGCAUAAACACACUGUUGUUAGUCCACUCUUCGAGCCAAUGCACGUGCUCGGAAACCCGAAACUUCUAGAAUCGAAGCUCCGGAAGAUUCACAAGGCUGCCAUGAACGAUCUCCAGCUCCUCAUCUGUGUUAUGGAGAGGAAACACAAAGGAUACGCGGACCUUAAACGAGUCGCUGAAACGAGCAUCGGCGUGGUAAGCCAGUGCUGUCUGUAUUCGAAUCUCGGCAAGCUAAGCUCGCAGUUUCUCGCAAACAUGGCUCUCAAGAUCAAUGCCAAAGUCGGGGGAUGCACCGUAGCGCUUUACAACUCGUUGCCUUCUCAAAUGCCGAGACUCUUCCGACAGGAGGAUCCCGUGAUCUUCAUGGGAGCUGACGUGACGCAUCCCCACCCGUUGGACGACGUUAGCCCGUCAGUUGCAGCUGUUGUCGGCAGCGUCAACUGGCCCGAAGCGAACAAGUACGUCUCGAGAAUGAGGUCGCAAACGCAUCGACAGGAGAUCAUCGAGGAUCUCGGUGCGAUGGUGGGAGAAAUAUUGGACGACUUCUACGAGGAGCUCGGCGAGUUUCCGAAGAGGAUCAUCUUCUUCCGCGACGGAGUGAGCGAAACUCAGUUCUACAAAGUGCUGCAGGAGGAGCUGCAGGCUAUCCGGCGUGCUUGUUCGCGACACACCGGAUACGAGCCUCCGAUCACGUUUAUGGUGGUGCAGAAGAGGCACCACACGCGGCUGUUCCCGUUGUUCGACCGCGAUAGCUAUAGCCAAUUCGCAGACGAGAAUGUGCCACCGGGAACUGUUGUGGACACGGUGAUCACACACCCUCGGGAGUUUGACUUCUACCUGUGCAGCCAUUGGGGCGUGAAGGGGACGAGCCGGCCAAUCCAUUACCACGUCCUAUGGGACGAGAGCCGGUUCACGUCCGACGAAGUGCAGAAGCUCGUGUACAACUUGUGCUACACGUUUGUGAGGUGCACGAAGCCGAUAUCAUUAGUCCCCCCGGCGUAUUACGCGCAUCUCGCGGCGUACCGGGGCAGGCUCUAUAUCGAGCGUUUGGAUUCGGGCUCGAUCUCGCGAUCAUCGCCUCCCAAGACAGUGCCUUUACCUAAACUUAGUGACAAUAUCAAGAAACUCAUGUUUUACUGCUGACAUUGCUAAAAUGUUUUAUCUUGUUUCAAGUGUUUUGUCCAAAUCCACACCUCAAAUUGAUGAAAUACUAAC